AUGUCUUCUACCAGCAGAGCACUAGCCAAAUCCACAUCUGAUGAAAGAGAGCCCGUGUUUAAGGUAGCAACAAUACUCCAUCACAACUUCCGAGCUCGAAUGGAACUCGCCUUUCCCCAUAGCCUCGAAAACGAGAUAAUCCGUCCCCAUCAACACUCGACCAUCCCAACCCAUUUUCCCCAAAGCGAAUCUCAAAUUCCUCCCGAGCCUCCUUUCCAUGUACGCAUCCACAACACAGCCAUAAGUCACGAGAUCGGGACAAAUCCCAUCAUGCUUCAUAUGCUCAAGGCUCAAGUGCAAAUCCCACAUCAAACACAUCCUCGAGAAAGCGAGUGCUCUAAUAUUAAACGUGUCCAAAUCAGGACAAAACCCGGACUCCACCAUCCGCACAAACUCUCUCUGCAAACUCUUCAUCUUGAAUUUCGCGCCAUAAGACAGCAGCAGAAGGUUCCAAAGAAGAUUGCCUACAUUUUUCCUUCCGAGUCCCACAUCAUUCACGAAACGGCCCAAAGAAUAAAACUUAUUUUUCUUUAUAUACGCCAAAGAAACUGCGCGUAUGGCAUUUUCCUCGAUGAGAAUCCUCGAACGCUUGAGACGGCCAACGGCUAA